CUAAAAAAUAAAUUCUAAAAAAUAAAAAAAAAAAAAAGAGAGAUUAAAAUUUACUAAAAAAUAAUAUUGGACCUUUUUUAAGUAACAUUUCCAUUGCACUUUUACGUCUACUAAUCAUUUAAUUAACAAUGUGUGUGUUACUUUAAAUGGAGGAUGAGGAUUUAAGCUUUUAGAAAAUUAAUUUAAUAUAUAAAUGGUGAUAAUAAUCUCUUAUUUCAAUCUAAGUUAGGAUUUCAUAAUGGUUUAUUUAUAUAUUUAUUUAUAUAAUACUUCUUUUUAAUUUCCAUGUCCUUAUAGAUUCUCAUACUCAUACAUAUAUACAACUAUCACUGAUAAUACCUUACCAUGUUUAGUCAACAACAACAAUUUCAACAACAAUUGAAUCAUUUACAACAGUUGCAACAAAGUCAAAUGCAAUUCAAUCAAUAUUAUAACAACGUACAAUUACUAUCCCAACCUCAACAACAACAACAACAAAAACAACAAUUCCUUCAACAACUCCAACAACAACAACAAGUGCAGGCACAUUUACAAACCCCACAACAACAACAACAACAACAUUCCACACCCUUAUCACCGAUCAAUGCCUCCACCAAUGCCAAUGAUCAAUGGUUAGAUGAUUUAUUAACCAAAUCAGCUCCAAUGACUACUACCAAUAGUUUUAGUGAAUUGAAUUUCACUAAUACUAAUGCCACUGAUCAACAAUUACAACAAAUUCAACAACAAUUAGGUGCCACUUUGGAUCUUACUAAAUAUUUCGAUGAUGAACAAGAUCAAAUUGAUGAAUCAUCUCCAAAUAAUGAUACUGCUUAUUUAUCAUCAUCAGGAUCUUCAACUACUGCUAGAACAUCUGAUUCAUUACAAGCUUCACCUGUUAUUAUUAAAACUGAAACGGUUGAUGAUAGUGAAUUACCAGAAUUAAAAUUAAGUAAAUUUCAAACCCUUAAUGAUUUUACAUCUAAAAAUUUAGAAUCAAUUUUUAAUACUAAAGAUAUUUUAAAAGAUGAAAAAGAUUGUAAUAAUCAUCAUCAAUCAUUAUUAUCAAGAAGAAAAACUAUGGAUAGUAGUAUUAAUUCAUCAUUAUCAUUAUCAACCAAUUCAUCUAUGGCAUCACCAUCAUUAAAAUCAAAUUCAUUAACAUCAAUAAGUACUUCCAAUUCUUCAUCUAAUUUAAAUAUGGUUUCUAAACCUAAAAAGAGAAGAGCACCAAGAAAGAGAUUAACUGAUAGUCAAAAGCAAGCUCAUAAUAAAAUUGAAAAGAAAUAUAGAAUUAAUAUUAAUGCUAAGAUUGCUGGAUUACAACAAAUUAUACCUUGGGUAGCUUAUGAAAAGACUGCGUUUGAAACGGGUCAAAAAGAUGAAGAUGAUGAAGAUUGUGAUGAAAAAUCAAAUGUAAAUAAUGCUAAUUGUGCAAGAUUAAAUAAAUCAAUCAUUUUAGAAAAAGCCAUUGAUUAUAUUUUACAUUUACAAAAGAAUGAAAAAAAGAUUGAAUCUGAACUUCAAAUGUUAAGAUCUGAAGUGGUAAGACUUGGAGGUGAUAUUACCAAAUUUCAAUAGAUUGAUUCAUACCAUACCAUAUUAUUUCCUUACUUGUUGCGUUCGUUCGUUUGUUUGUUUGUUUAUUUUUCCAUUUAAAGUUUUGUUACUGUUUUAUAGAUUUUUUAUUUCUAUGGUCAUAUUUUGUUUUUACAUUUUUUUGAUUUCUUCCCCCCUUUAAAGAUAUAUAAUAUUUUUAUAUACCUAUUAUUUAUUUAUUUAUUUAUGCUUGCCAUUUAAUGUUUAUGAAGUUUAUGUGUUAUAAUAAGUACCCACCUUUACUUUAAAGUUGCGACUGUUCAAACUGAUUGUUCUGUUAUAGUUUUAUAACGAACCGUUUAACUUGAAGUUAAAGUUAAAGUUAAAGUUGAGGCCAUUCAUUUCUGAUA